UUGUGGACAUUUUCUUCGGCCUCAACUGUGUAAGCUGGAACCAGGACGGCGGUACACAUUGGGAGAACCGCCCGCGCAGCCAUUGACUCCCAAGCACCUCCCCGACCCCAAUCUUUAAUAUUCGACAAUCUCCAUGGCGUUCAUUCGUCUCUGCUAGCACACCGGGGCACGCCCAACCUCACCAGAAGAUGUUGUCUGCCCUCCUCCGACCCUUCAAGGGUAUCACCUCGCAAGCCGAAAGAUCUCCGGACCCCGAGCAGGACUUUGCAUCCCGCCCUUCUGUUGCCGAAUACCGCAGGCACCUUCAUGCUACCGCCGACUUCACCGAGGCCGAUGACGAUGACGACGAUGAGGAGGAGUCCAACGACGGGGACCGGUCCCGGUACCCGACCGAGGGGCGCCCGGUGGAGGAUGAGGACGGCCUGGCCCGGUCUACUGGGCUCUUGCCUGUUUUUACCGGCAACCAGCUAGACACGCUUCCGAUAUACAGCAUGACCCACGCGAUUCGCGUCAUUGUUCAAGCGAGGACCGAGACCACGCUGAGUUGGGAACAGCUCAGGUCCCCCCAGGUGUCGCAGUUCCUCGUCAAGCCGAUGCUGCAGCAGAUUCGUACGCAACACUUUUGUCGAGGCACCCUUUACGCUCUGUUGGCAAACUGUCUCCAGUUUGAGAAGGAGGGCCAGUUGUACCCUGGGAACGCAGGCACAAGUGCCACACGGGCAAAGGUGUGCGAGCUCCUGGCCGUCAAGCUGCUGAAGGAGUACACGACCCGGGAGCUUAUCGAUGCGCUCUGUUAUGACUUCUACCCCCUCCAGGGCAUCCCGGGUUCGCAGACGCCCCUCGCGCCAGGGGGGAGGCCAAAGCCGGCUACUCUUCGAACCUCAGCCCUUGAGGUCGCCAUCCGAGCCUCCGCCAAGCAGUUCCUUUCCCACCCCUUAGUGACUCAGCAACUCGAAGCCAUUUGGAACGGCGCCAUUAGCUUCUCUUCCCCCAGAGAGGAGCCUCAACACCAGGGCUCUGUGCCGAGUGCGGCGGGGAGCAACCAGUCGCGGCGCCAAAGCACUAUUCGCACCCCGUUACUGGGUGAGCAGCGAGCCAAAGAGGAGCCUGUCCGGUCCCAGUCAUUCGCCGCUGGUCGGCGGCCUGUAACCUUAUACAACCCAAGGACGACUUCUCUCUUUCGGCUGUCUCGGCUUCGUGUGCCCCGCUACCGGCGACUCUUCUCAACCUGCUCCCUAAUCAUCCUAAUUUCUCUGUUCCUCGCGGUCUUGGGUCAGAGAUCGAGCAAAAUCACCACCUUGGAGCUAGUUUUCUGGUUCUGGAGUGCCGGCUUCAUGCUCGACGAGCUCGUCGGGUUCAACGAAGAGGGCUUUUCGUUUUACGCCAUGAGCUUCUGGAACAUCUUCGACCUUGGUAUCUUGCUCCUGCUGAUCGUCUACUACUGCAUGCGCAUUUACGGCGUGUUUCUUCUCGACCCACACCAGUGGUAUCAAAACGCUUACGAUGUCCUCGCUGUCAACGCCAUCCUUUUGCUACCGAGGAUAUUCGGCGUGCUCGACCACUACCGCAAUUUCUCCAGGCUUCUGAUAUCCCUCCGGCUUCUCGCAGUGGACCUGGCUGCGGUCUUUAUCCUCAUCGUCAUUUGCUUUAGCGGCUUUUUUGUCUUCUUUGCCUCUUCCAAGAGCCAAGACGACGCUCCAGAGGUGGCCUUCAAGAUGUUUCAAGUGCUCAUGGGAUUUACUUCAUCUGCUUGGGAGUUGUGGCCAUCCUACGGCUGGAUGGGUAAGGCGUUGAUGGGCCUGUUUCUUGUCAUCAGUCACUUUAUGGUCAUAACCCUUCUCAUCACCGUCUUGGCCAACUCGUUCAUGUCCAUCGCUUCUAGAGCGAGCCAGGAGUACCAGUUCAAUUUCGCUAUCAAUACAAUCUCGAUGGCAAAGAAUGACGCGCUCUUCUCUUACGUCGCCCCCGGCAAUAUCUUCGCCUGGGCUCUCAUGCCGCUGAGAUAUUGCAUGAGCAUGGAACAGUACGUGCGGUUCAACCGUGUGGUGAUUAAAACCACCCAUUUCCCACUGCUGCUAUGCAUCUUCUGUUACGAGAAACUCUUCCUCGCGCCCGAAAUGUACGAGGCAACGGAUCUGGUUGAUAAACCACGCGGCCGUCAGCACGCGUUUUCGGACCCUGGUGUUUUCAGCCCCAGCGCCCGAGUCCGUGAGGAAUCGGUGGUUGGUUACCAGAAGGAUCAAGCGCUGGAAGAGGUGUUCCGGCGUGUACCGGAUAUGAGGUCGCAGAGGCGGACCGAACGACGGAAGACGCAAACGGCGAUUCGAAGCUGGAUGGACCAGUACGACGGGGGCGGCCUCAUCUCGCCGCAGAACUAUUCGACCAUCGACAGUAGAAUGGGCAGUGAUUGGCUGAGAAGGCUGAGCAUGAACCGCGAGCGGCCGUCGAGGAUCCCAAAGCACUACUCGGACAUCAGGUCAACGGCGAGCGACCCCGCCGAUUUCAUCUCGGAUGCUCCCUACCCAAUGGCACCCGCCAUCUACGACGACGGGAUUGCGCGGCGGGAUUACGCCGUCGAAGUGAAGGAAAAUACGGACGGGGAUGCGGACGGCGACGACGAGCUGGUCACCAAUGACGAGGACGAGGGAGAUGAUAUGACGAACGCCAUGGACGAUCUCGGCCCGGUAAGAGAGGAUGCCAUCGAUGAGGACUACUUCACAACCCCGGUUGCGGCCCGGUUCGCCCCUGCUGAGUUAUCAGUCGAUUCCCCUCGCCCGACAACCUCUCGACGGAUACCGCUCCACACCCGAACACUGUCAACCAACACAAUCCUAUACGCACCGGAAGACUCCCAGCCGUACAGCUCCUCCUCGGCCUCGGGCGGGCCCUUCUCCCGCCCUCUCAGCACGCGCCACACACCCAUCGCCACCCCCCUGACGCCAGGCGCCGGCCGCCGCUCCCCGCGCCGCGCCCUCUACCUCGCCUCCCGCCCGCGCUCCAUGAUCCAGCAAUCCACGGCACCGCAUCGCAGCACCGGGGGCCUCACGCUGGACAUCCCCAACAGCGGCUUCGCCAACGGCGUACCCCCGCCCCGCCGGCGCUCCCUCGCGGACCUCCUCGAGACGACGACGACCGCCGCCGACGCCGAUGCCAACCACGAGAACGCCAGAGAGACGCUCAGCCAGGACGACGCGCGCAGCAACGGCACCGACGUCGACAGGCGGAUGCUCGCGCGCAUGCAGUCCCUCGAGGCCAGCCUCGGCCACAUGGUGCGCGAGAUGCGCACGCUGACGUCGGCGGCGCCCGCCGGCGGCGGCGGCGGCGGUAGGCGGAGGAAGUCGGUGCCGGGAUUGGCGGCGUGGAACUCGGACGAGGGCGUUGUUGGUGCUGCUAAUGCUGUGAAUGCUGGUGGUGGUGGUGUUGGUGUUGGUGUGGGUACUGCUGGUGCGCGAUCAUGGGGGCGCUAUCACCAGCCGCAUGCCCAGCAUCAUCAUCAUUCACAUCCGAGGGAGCAGCUGCAACAGCAGCAGUAUCAGCAGCAUAUGGAAAGGGGGCGGGUGGUGGUGGGGUCGGAUCCGAGUUCGGUUUCGGGUCUGGCGCUCAUUGAGGUUGCGGGGCGGGAGCGUGAGCGGGAUGCCGUGAGAGAAAGGGAGGGGGAGAGGUUAAUCAGCGGGUCCAAGCGGGUUAGGGGCGUUGUUGGGAGUGGUGGUGGCGGUGGUGGUGGCGGUGGUGGGAAUAGCCCCGCUGUGGCCACGCCGUCACCACGGAGGUCAGCGACGAUGACGCCCGGCAGGAGGACCGCCGGCGUGUGGAGGAGUCCGAGGGGCGAGGGUCCCGCCGCUGGGCUGGGGAUCAAGGGCGCGGUGAGGGAGAAGGGGAAGGAGAAGGAGAGGGGGCGGGCGAGUCUCAGUCCCCGCACCGAGAUGGGCAUGUCGCCGCUCGGUCGGGAUGACGAGAGCGUGUCGACGAAGGGGAUAUCGCUCUAGGGGGGUGUGGUGGAUGGCUUUAAGUAGGUGAGAAAGGGGGUUUGAUGACGGCGUUUUGCAAGCAUGGUUGGUUUCAUCCUUUUUUUUCUUGUUUUCUUUUUCUUUUUGGCAUGGUGCGGGCUGGGUGCAUUGGGCGGCGUUUUGUGCAUUUACUGGUCUCCCUGCUCCAUGUGCGCGGAUCGAGGUUGGUGCUGGUGGCAUUUUGCUAUACGAUAGGACGUAUCAUGGAUGGGUAUGAUGUGGCAUGGUCAUAGUGGGCAGCGAGUCUCCCCGUUUGUGGUGGGGCUGGUUGCGGGCUCACUUCAAAACGCGUAACGCUGAGCUUUUGCUGGCUUGUUUCUGAUGUGGUUUGGUGUUUGGUAUGGUGCCCUUUUUGCUGUGCUGUUGCGGUGGG